CGGCGGCGCACUGCGAGUCUGAUAGUCGUAAUCAUGCCACCCUGACCUCACGCACAUUUCCGUAAGCACGGAAAGCGGGGGUGCGUCGACGUUGCGGGAAAAGAUCUUUGGCAUAUCUGCGACAAACAUAGAUAUCCGGUGAAGGCGGACGUGAAAAGGCAGCAGCGAGGAGAAUGGAACGACAUCCGAAACAAGGCACGUGCAGACGUUGCUGACGAAAGACCAAGAGUACGAUCGAGACGACAGCGAUCAUAAUCAAGACGAAGACGAAAGAAAGAUAGACGGUAGACGAGGUCGAGGAGACCGAGGAAUCGAACAGUGCCUGCGAUAGCCGCGAGAGAUGCAGCAACAAUCACACUCCGGCCAGCAAUCGUCCGGGGCGCCGAAUGGGGUGGCGGGGGGCACUCAAUUGUCGCAAACAGGUGGUAUAAGUCCGGCGCAACCUGGCGCGACCGGUACCGCCACCGUGGCGUCCAAUCGUACGCAGAUUAACGGAGGCAGAUUCGACUUUGACGACGGCGGGACCUAUUGCGGAGGUUGGGAGGACGGAAAGGCCCACGGCCACGGCGUAUGCACCGGGCCUAAAGGUCAGGGAGCCUACUCCGGCAGCUGGCAUUUCGGCUUUGAAGUAUCCGGUGUUUACACUUGGCCUAGCGGGUCAGCUUACGAGGGACAAUGGCAGAAUGGCAAGAGACAUGGCUUGGGUAUGGAAACCCGUGGUCGUUGGCUCUAUCGAGGAGAAUGGACUCAAGGAUUCAAAGGUCGCUACGGAGUCCGACAAUCUACCACAUCCACGGCAAGAUACGAAGGCACGUGGUCCAGCGGUCUACAAGACGGUUACGGCUCCGAGACCUACGCCGACAGCGGUACUUAUCAAGGUCAAUGGCUUCGCGGCAUGCGGCACGGAUACGGGGUAAGGGCAAGUGCGCCAUUUGGUUUGGCGAGUCACUACAAACCGCCGAAGCAAAUGAGAGCAUCCUUGACGUCGUUGAGGAGCGCCGAUGGUGGACCGUUGAUCGCCCCGACGCCAGAACCCACCGACAAGAGGGAUCGUCGCGUAGACGACAGUCGAGGAGGAUUCGUUCUAAAAGCUAGAAGCGACGAUCCACCCGCCCGAAGAAAGAGCCUUACCGAAAAGUCUUUGAAGAAGGGCAUUCUUUCAGGUCUCAAAAUACGGAAGCAAAGAAGUACCGGGGAUUUGGAGAAGCGUGGUACUGGUGGCAGUAUUAGAAGUAAUGCCAGCUCUGCAUCGUGGAUGUCGACGGAGAGCUCGCAGAGUCAAGCGUCGGCGUCGGUUCACACCGACAGUAAUGCGUCCUUUGUCAUCGAGGACGAGCAGAUGGACGCAUCGGUAACAGAGACAUACCUGGGUGAAUGGAAAAACGACAAGAGGACCGGCUUCGGCAUAUCCGAAAGAAGCGACGGCCUGCGAUACGAGGGCGAGUGGUUCAACAAUCGCAAGUACGGUUACGGUGUGACGACAUUUCGCGACGGCAGUAAAGAAGAGGGAAAGUACAAAAACAAUGUGCUCAUCACUAGCCAGAAAAAGAAGCACCUUUUCCUAAUCAGGUCCGCCAAAUUUCGCGAGAGGAUAGAGGCGGCGGUAAACGCCGCUCAGAGAGCGAGUAAGAUUGCCUUGCAAAAAGCCGACAUUGCCAUCUCCAGGACGGCAACGGCUCGAGGGAAGGCGGAACUGGCCGAUAUUGCCGCCGAACAUGCUAGGGAGGACUCAGAAUUAGCGCAGCAAACGGCGAGGCAAUUUGCGCCGGAUUUCCGGCAACCGGGUUUAGAAAGAUUGAAAAAUAGAGAGAUACCCAAAUACGUACCACCACCUCAGGACUCUGUACCUGGUAAAAGCAUCCUGCACAAAGCAGCCAGCAUGGAUCAGCCUGGCGCCACACCAAUCAAGACCGUCGAUUCUACGGCGACGGCGAUGACGACGACGAUGACGAUCGCAACAACGACGACGACGGCAACACCGACCGAGCGAGCGGCGAGCACCAUCAGCAAUGUAAUGCAAUCAAUACGUAGGGCCAGUAUGAAGCCGCUACCGCAGAAUCAGCUGCCGCCAAUGCAAAAUCAAAUACCGAAUCAAGUACCGUCUGUUCCGCUGAUGAAUGAAUCGUCCAUGAACCAACUAAGCGCGCAAACCUCUCUGACCGAUCAGAAUCCGUAUCAACAAUAUUCGCAAAAUGUAUCGCAGAAUCCGGCUCCAGCGAGCCAAUACCCAAACAAUAUACCGAACCAGUAUCAACCGAAUCAGUAUAGCCAGCAAAACCAAUUCCUCCAUGGCAGUCCAUACCAGCCGCAGUAUCAUCCGGCUAAUCCAUUGCAGGUUGAUCAAUACUCUGGUUAUCAGCAGCAAUCUAUCGGGCAGCACAACUUUCAAAAUUUGCAGGCUUACCCUAAUCAGCAGACGGCAAUACCUUAUCAAUAUGGGCCUGCUCAGGUGAAUCAAUACAAUCCGCAACCAGUAUACACGCAGCAAGAAAUGCAUUCGUCACAGCAAUAUCAGCCUGAUGGUAUUGGGGAUGCAGCGAGACCAUCGAGCUCCACGAGCUUAAGAAGAAACAGUAGAGUUCUGAGUCCUCAGGAUCGACCUGGCACCAUUGGCCAAACGUUAAACGACAGGCUGGAUCACUAUAAGAGGCCACCUAGUCGUGAUAGUUCCGUAGAUCGUUAUGCCAGAGCGCAUUCCCGGUUGACUGGAUCAAGACAGCCAUCCGUCGAUAAAACUAUACCGAAUCUGCCCUCGGAUAUGCCCGAUAGAUCGACGAGAGCCCCGAGCGUGAUGCGAGCGGGUACACCUCUAAACGGUUCUGUAGUAGGCAGCGGUGCCGCGACGCCAACGUAUACAGCACCGACUCCCAGCCAAUUUGAGGGGGCUUUUAUAAAAAAUCGUAAUCCUGGACAAGAGAUUUUGCCGAGUCUUGGACAGCCUAAACGCACCGAAAGCCUCUACGUGGCACCGACUCGCGGACCGUCCGGGAGCGGUGGUGGUAGCAUCGUGCCGAAGGAAGCAGACCGGACUGUCCCCGCCUUCACCGCAACGUCAAAGGGCCGCGCAACCCUCUAAGUAUAAGUAUAAAAUAUGCACCCACAAAAAGAGAUAAUACAUACACAUAUAUUUAUAUAUAUGUAUACAUAUAUAUAUAUAUAUAUAUAUAUAUAUAUAUAUAUAUACACACCCAUACACACAGGAAAAGGAGCGCAGCUUCCGAGAGACUCGCUCACGCCACGUUUCGAGCCAAAUCGGCUGAAAAUUGCAAUGUGAUUUUGGUCGCCGUUUCCGCCCAAUACAUCCUAGUAUUGCAUAAUUCAGCACCUUAAUUCAAAGAAUCAGGGUCCGAUAAUUGGCUGUCUCGGAAUAAUUUUGAAUACGCAUCUCCGACACCGCCUCGUUGGGUCGAUGAUAUUUUUCUAUGAAUUUACGAAUAUUUCAUAUAAUGUUAUCUUAAUUAACAAGCAUGCAAUUGUAAUGCUUGAAUGAAUGUCCAAAUGAUUAAUUAUGCAAAGUUGUCGCAUGCACAGACUACAGACCUGUGCACAAAAUCGACUCGUUUGUUUCUCGUUGAACUCGUUAUACUUUCGCAAUUUACUUGAUGUAAGACAGAUUUUCAGAAAGGGGCCUUAUACGAAAAAAUGAGAGGACAUUCUAAUAAUGAUCACAUUUAUCAUGCUACUAAAUUUUCGCAAUAUUAUGAGGAACGGGAAAGUACUUGUACCUGUGUAAAUUGCUAUUAGCCCUUAACUUUGUCGCGAUGUCGAACAAAGAUGCUAGUCGAUUAAAAAUUUUGAUUAAAACAAGUGCACUCGAAACGAGCGAUGUGCAUAUGUAUUUGUAAAAGACGGAUUAUUUUUCUAUGGAAACAUUGCGAGAGUGUAAUGUAACACGAAUUAUUGUCUACUCGUGCGAACAAUUUACAGCUACCAUCGAUUUGAUCAUUGAUGUUAAUCUUGGAAUAAAUCCGCAAUUGUAUAUCAAUUUAAUGCAUAGUAUAAACAAUAAAUAUAAUAAAAACAAUUCAAAUAAAAUUUUCCGUUGCUUAAUAAAUUUUAGAGUACAAAAACAUAGUACACAUUCCGUUAAAUUCGCUGCAACAAUUAUUGUUGUUAUGAUAAAGAGAGAGUGAAUUAAUUUCAGAGGAUUAAAUAUUGAUGAUCAAAAUAUAGCCGAAAAAGAGCUGUAUACCUUAAAGAUUUUGAGAUAGCUUCGAUCGCGCGUAUGUUGGUAGAGAUAGAGAAUCGUAAGAAAUAUUAAUGAAAAAAGAAAACAGAAUUUUACGCAAUCUGUAGAUUUUGCAAAUUGUGUUUGAACAUGUAUAUUAGCGAUAACAAUGUUGCUUUAUUGAAUCGAUUCGAAAUGUAAUAUAGUACUCGUGUGUGUAAUAUACGUGAUAAUAUGCGCGAUCACCGAUAAAUUAGUCAACAAUAAUGUAAUAUUUUUCAGCAAAAGGAAGCAACUAAGUGCCCUCCUUAUAUUUUUCCGUUAGAGAUAGAUUAUAAGUCAAAUAAGAUUAUUAAUUCGCGCAAUAGAGAGAGAGAGAGAGAAAGAGAAAAAGAGAGAAAGAGAGAGAGAGAGAAAAGGAAUGCAAAAAUAUGCAUAUAACUACAUUUACGAGUAUAAAUGGUGGAUACCGUGGAUACUGCAUUGAUUAAAUACGCACAUAUGCAAACAUAUAUGUAUACGCAGAGCUAAGCUAAGGCCAGCGCACAAUGUCACGUCCAUUAACUGAGCUAAUUAACAAAGUUUAAAAGGUAAGCUUGGCGCGUGGCGUGGAGGCGGGGACCAUUUUUGCUUUUCGAUUCUACUUUAAACCUCUAAAAUUAAAUGUUAAGCCUUUUUCGACCCUUCUUUCAAACCUUAUCGCUACCCAUCUACUUACCUACUCUUCCCUGCAUUAUUCGCUUAGAUUAUUCGAUCGAUCGAUACUCUCUCGAGCUUAAUCUCUGUAUUAUCAGAUACCAUAACUAGCUCUGUUUCUAGUUUGUAGAAACACCUCGUGUGUUCAAAUCCUCAACCUGAAUGGCUUAUCUAACUUAUUACAAAUUACUAUUGCUAUUAUAGAAACUAAUUAUUAGCUGCAUUUACUUAUAUAUUAUCAUACUACAUGUCAAGAGAUCAGAGCAGAGUUCAGAUGACAGCUUUGCGAGAGAUUCUCUUAUUAUUCAUCACCUCCACGCCGCUUGCUUUUCCUUUUUUCUUAUUCAAGGCGUUGUUUUUCUCUAACGCAUGCUUAUCGUCAAUUUAAGUAAAUACAUUUAUACACAGGAACUUGUUAAAAUAAAGUGGCAAUUGCGACAGAGUAAGCCUCAUUCGAUACAAAGCGCGAGCUUUGAGCAAGAUCUUAAUUAAAUCUACGAUAAUUUAUCGUUCAUAAUAUAAAAAAAAAAAGACACGUG